CCACGCCGCGAUAACAGUGACACCGACAACAGCUCUAUAUCGGAAUUUGAGCGCUUUAGAGACAGUAAAGAGAAACAGCAGGUUUCAUUCUUCAGUUUGACUAAUUAUCUGCUGAAUCCCUUUGAGAGACGAGAGGACUUUACGCCACAGCGGUAAAUAAUGGCAGUUUUGGGCAGCGCGUGCCGGCUCGUGCAGCUGGUCAGAUGCAGUCCGCCGGUCAGUUUGUGCAUGAGUUCGUCUCUCAGACGACAGACAACGGCUGCAGCAGCUGCGUUUGCCAGUCCACCCACUCCAGAGACACAAGAGAGCAGGAAACCCAAAACAGGGAUCCUGAUGCUGAACAUGGGCGGCCCAGAGAAACUAGAAGACGUUCAUGAUUUCCUCUUACGGCUUUUCAUGGACACAGACCUCAUGCAGCUUCCUGUGCAGAAUAAACUCGGUCCGUUCAUUGCCAAACGACGCACCCCAAAGAUCCAAGAGCAAUACAGCAAGAUCGGAGGAGGGUCUCCCAUCAAAGCCUGGACCAGCAUGCAGGGAGAAGGGAUGAUCAAACUCCUGGAUGAGAUGUGCCCGGAGACGGCUCCUCAUAAGUUCUAUAUUGGUUUCCGGUAUGUUCAACCGCUCACUGAAGAGGCCGUAGAACAGAUGGAGAGAGAUGGUGUACAGAGAGCCGUGGCCUUUACACAGUAUCCACAAUACAGCUGCUCCACUACAGGCAGCAGCCUGAAUGCAAUCUACAGAUACUACAGUAACCGUGGCGACAGGCCAAAGAUGCGCUGGAGUGUGAUUGACAGGUGGCCGACACACCCUCUGCUGAUCGAGUGUUUUGCGGAGCAUGUACGGAAUGAACUGGACAAGUUUCCUCCUGAGAAGAGAGAUGAAGUGGUGAUUUUAUUCUCAGCUCAUUCUCUGCCCAUGUCUGUUGUAAACAGGGGUGACCCAUACCCACAGGAAGUUGGCGCAACAGUUCAGAGGGUGAUGGAUCAUUUAGGUCACUGUAACCCGUACAGACUCGUCUGGCAGUCCAAGGUGGGGCCGAUGGCAUGGCUGGGGCCACAGACUGAUGAGGUCAUCAAGGGUUUGUGUCAGCGCGGGAAAAAGAACCUGCUGCUGGUGCCCAUCGCGUUCACCAGCGACCACAUCGAAACGCUGCACGAGCUCGACAUCGAGUAUUCGCAGAUCCUCGGAGAGGAGUGUGGUGUGGAGAACAUCAGAAGAGCAGAAUCACUGAAUGGAAAUCCACUGUUUUUCAGGGCAUUGGCCGAUCUGGUUCAGUCUCAUUUGAAGUCAAACGAGCCGUGUUCUCGUCAGCUCACUCUGCGAUGUCCACUCUGCGUCAACCCCACCUGCGGGCAGACCAAAGCCUUCUUCUCCAGCCAGAAGCUCUGACCUUUGUCCUCUCAGCCGCUAUGAAGAGUGACAUCAUUUCACUCUCACGCUGGAUGGAGGUGUGGUGUGACCCAUCCGGGUGUCUGUGGUUGGACAGGAGGGCAUUACGGGGUGAUUGUGGACAGGGCCGAAAUAAGCAUUCUAACUUUUCCCCCGCCUUACAUUCCAGCUAUGACAUAUAACACCAUAAAACCCUCGCAGUUUAAUUUCCAGCAUCCUCUUCCCCUCUCGGUCUGUCUUUCCUCGUUUUUCCCUGCAUGUGCUUAAUACAUUUGAACCCUUUGCGAAUGCUUGUGUCUUCCCUUAAAAACAGAAUGCAGUCAAAAACACAAAUAAAAAAAUGCUUAACCAGCCAGUGUGGGACAAACAACAUAUUUUUUGAGUGGAAACGGCAAAUAAACAAGGUGCUAAAAAUCGUAUCGGUGUGGUGAUAUCGGCUUUAAAGGAAUAGUUCAGCAAAAAUGUACUCGCCUUCAUAACCUGACCUUCAAAUCCUGAGACUUUCUUCUGUGGAACACAAAAAGAUGUUUUAAAGAACGUCUUUGACGCUCUUUUAUUUACAGUGAAAAUUAGUGGCGCUACAAAAGAAGUCCAUACAACUUUGUUUGCUAUAUUCACAGUCUUCUGAAGUCAGAUAAGUAAGGAAUAAUUGACGACGGACCGUUGAAUUAUUAAAAAAUAAUGCACACCCGAGGUGGUAGUUUUCAAUAAUUCAACGGGCCGGAGUCAAUUAUUCCGCUUAUACCGCGGUUACCACACCUUAAGACAUCAUUCAGGGUUUUAUCUCAAGACAUUUUCUUGUUUUCGUCCCUAAAGCGCUCUUGUGAGUGGAACUACUUUCUUCUGCCACGGAUUCAGCGUCCUGCUUUGAUACAGUCAGAGCCUUCGUUGCAAGUCGAAAACGUCACUUUAGAACUAGCAACGGAGGAUUGCGCUGCUUUACUCGAGGACUUACUGGAGUAAUAAGGUAGUGCGUUUGUGCGUGUAUGUAUGUGUGUGCGUGAGUUUGUUUUUGAGUGAUCGAAAGAGAGAAACUCCGAAAGAGAUCGCUUCUGAGAUGACCUUUUUUGUUGCAGCUCUCGUCAGAAGUAACAUCGCUUCAAAUUCGCCAAUAUGUACGUUUAUGCACUUCUCAGCGGCAGCGAGUUUCGCCAUUUUUGCAUAUAGCUUCUCCGAUGUAAACCUUAAGAAAUGUUUUCAACCCCACUGAGAUGCAGGUGCACGCUGACAUGACAGCUCUGUUUAUCGCUCGCGAGUAAGUGUGUGCGUAAUGCGUAUAUGUAUGUGUGUCCACGUGUGUGAGAGCUUAGGGGAGGGGGAGUGUGAGGGUGUUUCCCACAGAUACUUUAAAUAUUGAAGAAACUGUUGUAUUGAUCACGUGUAUCUUGCCCUGAUACAGCUCAAGCCUUCGUUGCUUGUUCAAAAACGUCACUUUAGAACUAGCAACGGAGGAUGCGCUGCUUUUCGGCAUUGGAGGAACAAGGUAGUGUGCGUGUGUUUGUGUGUGUGUGUGUGUGUGUGCGUGUAUGUGUGUAAGUGCGGGUGAGACGAUUAGCGUGAGGGUGCUUUUCAACCGAAAUUGAAAUAAAUGUAGGACAUUAUAGACAUUGUCAUUCUUAUCAGAUGUUCAAUUAAAACAAAUGUCUUUGUUUUAAUUGGUUAACGGCUCUGUAGAAAGUCUUUGAAAUAACUUAAAUAAUUUGGCGAAGUGACCGUUAUCCGGUCAAGACCUGGAACUACUUCAUAGCCGUGGGCUUACUUGAAAAAUAAAUUGCACACCUUAGAACGUCCGUCAACCAAUCAGAUCCAAGCAUUCAACAGACCGUGAUAUAAAGUACUUUAUGGUGCUUUUUUGUCCUUUUUGGAGCUUCAUAGCUCCUGGUCACUGUAUGCUAACAUUGUUUGAAAAAGAGCAGCAUGAACAUUCUGCCAAACAUCUCCUUUUGUGUUCCACAGAAGAAAGUAAGUCAUGUAGGUUUGGAACAACAUGAGGGUGAGUAAAUUAUGACAACAUGUUCAUUCCUGGUUGAACUUUUCCUUUAAAACAACUCCCCUGCACCACAUCUAUAAACGAAACUGCACCGGAAGUUACUCCGACCUCUGACCCCUACGGGUCAUAACGCCAUGCUGACGAAUCGUUUUUCUGCCCAGCGCCUUCAAUAUUGUGUGCCUUCUUGCUGGGUGUGCGACAAACCGCAUUUCGCAGUCUGUGCUUUUGACAGUCACAGUUUCAUGUUUUACAUAAACGCGAGAUGUGGUGUGUGUGUGUGUGUGUGUGUAUGUGUGUGGAUGAUGUAGUUUAGAAACAUACAACACUUGAACUGUUUGUGUUAGUGUGUUUAAAUGUUGUUAGUUUCUUUUGCCAAUCUUAGUGGCCCUAAGAAUAGUCUUCAUUGUCUUUAUGCAAAUUAUAAUUUCUUUCUUUUCAUUUUGGGGUGAAAUAUGACCUGGACGUGUUCUUGACAGGUUUUUUGAGAAUCACCCUCAUAGCUCAUCCUGUUGUUGAUUAAGUGCAGAGAGAUUGGCUGUCCAGGACCCAGUAAUGUGUGUGUGUGUGUGUGUGUGGGGGGGGGUGGGGGUGGGGGGUAUGUGUAUGUGUACGUUUAUGUCUGUGUGUGUCUUUGUGUGUGUCUAUGUGUGUGUUUGUGUUUGUGUGUGUGUGUGUGUGUGUGUAACUGUGUCUUUUUGUGAGUGUGUGAGCCUGUGUGUGUGUGUGUGUGUGUGUGUGUGUCUGUGUGUGUGUGUGUGUGUCUGUGUUUGUGUGUGUCUGUUUGUGUGUGUGUGUGUGUGUGUGUGUGUGUGUGUCUUUGUGUGAGCGUGUGUGUGUGUGUGUAUGUGAGUGUGUCUGUGUGUUUGUGUGUGCGUGUCUGUUUGUGUCUGUGUGUGUGUGUGUGUGUGUGUCUUUGUGUGUCUUUGUGUGAGCGUGUGUAUGUAUGUGAGUGUGUGUGUGUGUAUGUGAGUUUGUGUGUGUGUUUGUGUACCUGUAGUGGAGCAGCUGUACUGUGGAUAAUGUGCAAAGGCUACUUUGUGUGUCUUUGUGUGUGUGUGUGUGUGUGUCUUUGUGUGUGUGUGUCUUUGUGUGAGUGUGUAUGUCUGUUUGUGUGUGUCUGUGUGUGUGUGUGUUCUUUGUGUGUGUGUCUGUGUGAGAGUGUGAGCGUGUGUCUGUGUGUGUGUGUGUGUGUGGUGUGUUCUGUGGGACGCUGGGGCUCCUGGUAAUUGAAAAGUGGAACGAUGGCUGCACUGACUCUCUGACCUCUAAUUGAGAGAGAGCAUUGAUUUCUGCAAAGAGAGAGAGAGAGAGAGACACAUUCAGCUGUUUGGGGGGGAUGGUACUGAUUUUGUUGGGGUGAGACAGAUCAAAUUGACUAUUGGAACGGGCAGUUCUGGUGAAAGACAAAGGAAUGAAGGGAGAGAGAGAGAGAGAGAGAGAGAGAGAGAGAGUGCUAGAUGAAGAAUUACAUUUCGUCUCCAUGGACUUUCCUUCUGCCCCAAAUUCUAAUUACUCUCACUUUAAGUUCAGUCUGGACGUGUCAGACAGGACACAGAUCUGCUCUAGUUUCUGACCGAAAAUAUUUAGAUUUAUGAUUAUUUAAGAAAAGGGUGAAUCUGUGUAGGAACCACUGCAUCAUCUGAACUGAUUUGAGAAGAAAUUAUACACUGAAUUGAAUGAUUCCAACAAGAACUUACCCAUAAUGUUCUGUCAAAACAAUGUGAAGUUCAUUACACAAAGGUUUUCUUUGUCAGUUUAAAUGAACAGAACAAUUCUUAAAUGUAUUUAUUGAGUAACGUUUAUAUCAUGAUCUUUCAGUUGUGGUCAAAAAUGCCCAAUGUAGUUUCUAAGACGUAUGAGUUAAUUCUAUUAAUAAUUGUGAGUUACACUGGAGGCAGAGAUGAAUGAAUCCUGCACGUAUCUGAAAUGCUUGAUCUGUGUUAGUUGGAAAUAAAUGUAUUUGUUGAAAAUUCAUCAGUUUGCAUUUGUUUCUCUCUUGGCUCAGAACUGUGUUCACACCCUUUAAAAGAAUAAUUCAGCCCAAACUGUCAUCAUUUCCUCACCCACAUUAGUUCCAAACCCAUAUGACUUUCUAUAUCCCAUCAAUUAAGGAAUAUGUUUGUGGAAGCUGCUCUUUUUCAUCCAAUGGAAGUGGAUGAUGACUAGUGAUAGACUGAUGAAUUUAGCCUUAUUCUUAUGUAAAAUAAGUGUUAAAUGUAAUUGUUUUUUGUGUGCAUCUCAUUUGUGCUCAUUAGUACUAUAAUGUCGUGUGUAUGAAAUAUGACACACAACGUUUGACUGUUUCACUCUCUGUUCAAGCUGACGAGCCAAACA